UCAAUUGGCCCUCAGCAACUGGUAAGUUUUUCCCAGCUCUUAAGUUACCAAUUCUAACAAGUCUCUAGUCGUUCACGGAUAGCCAGCAGGUUGGAAAUGGCCAGCAGAUCGUGGAUACCCACCCGUCGGGGUCACAAAAUUAUGUAAGUCUCUUGUAACUUAUGAGCUACCAAUGGCUAAUAGUUAUCCACAGCAUGUGAACCCUUAUCAGGCCACAAACCCUCAGCCUGCUAUUACUAGCCGACCAGUGAGUCGUCAACAGUUUGUAAGUUCCAUCCAAUCCGUAACGUUAGUCACUGUAAGCUAACAAGUCCCAAACAGCCGGCAAAUUCGCAGCCUCUGGGCCUUCAACCGUUGGCAUAUCACGAACCAAUCCCUGAGCCCGCGACUUACCAGGCAGCAUCCACCCAGCUAGCUGACGUUCAACCGGCGAUGACCUUACCGGAAGCGACCCGACCGGCAACCGCCCAGCCGGCGACGAUUCAACCGGCGGCUCCCAAACGGAAAUCCCCCGAGCCCGAGAUUCCCGACGUGAUAUCACAAUGGCAAGAGGAGGUCAACAACUUCAACUUCGACUUCUACGUCGCUGAGCCCGAACCGGCCGAACCCAGUCCCAAGCGCCAGCGUCUUGACGUAGACGCUCCCGCCCACGAAGCGGAGGAGCAAGUCGCUCCCCUUCAAGAAGCGCCCAUACCGACCACCAUGGAUCAGAUCCAGGCGCUGAUCGACGAGGACCCCAACCUCAUCAUUCCCGACGCACCACCUCUUGGGGAGCACUACGCUAUGACGCAGGAAGAGAUAUUUAACCCCACCGGUCCCCAAGUAGAAGUGGCACAGGAUAUCGACUGGGUAGGCCUGUACCUUGAGAGUGAGCUGGACAGGGGCGUCGCCAACUUCGCUCCCCGGAUCCAAGAUGUGAUCUGCGACUGGGUCGACAUCUAUAAUUCCAACCAAGGAGACAUCGUGUACCGCCUGUCGUAUGCGCUCAUACCCCACGGUAUGCACAUCAACACUAGACUCGCGCUCCUACGAUGGGUCCUAGUAUAUGAUGGCCCUUUCUGCCAAUUGGUGAAAGACCUGAGGCCUCAUGGAAACUCAUCAACUGGUAUGAUCAUAAACCACUUCUUGGCAGGCGUAGAAAUCUCCGCGGAGGAGUUUGACAAACUCACGGAAGUUUUUCUAUACGAAAAGACCGUCGAGACAUUUGUGAAUGGGGAGGCCAACCUCCUCCAGUAGGCGGUUGAGGAAAGUUGGAGGGAUUUCUUUUGUUGCUUUCGCUCUGAGAAUCUGAUUUACGGAUUCGAUGGAGCUUUGUUUUUCCAUGCUAUCGAGGCAUGGUGUUGAUGGCGUCGACGUCCCGAUAUGAAACUAGAGGACAGGCGACCAGGGUGAUACCCCCAGGACUGACGAUACAGAUCCGUAGUUAAUUACCGUAAGACACAAUUGUCUUUCAUGCAUCUUUGAAGUACUCGAAUUAGAGUAAACGUGAUGACUGUGAAAAGAGAAAAGUGAUUAACCCUACGCUUACGCAGAGUGAAGUAUUAGAAUUGGAAAGGCACGAUGGUA